CCACCUGAAGUUCUAUGUACUUGAGCCGGAAGUCUAAACCACUUGCGUAUGCUACUUGACAUGAUAACAAUGACUGUCCAGUUUAUUCUCUUGCUUGCAGUUGUUGUGAAUGUGUCUUUUCAGACUGGUACGCGGAUGUUAAUCCAGCAUGUAUUUAUGGAACCCAGACCCAAGCAUUGGAGGGAGAAGAUGUGAAAUUCAAGUGCACACUUUCUGACUUGAAAAAAAACAAGGCCCAUUCAAUCAUGUAUCUGUGCAAAAAUGGAAUCGGGAUGUACAUAGAAGAAUUCUGUCUUGGUGAAGUAGAAGUCUCCUUCAAACUCCUACACGUUAAUGUAUCUUACACUGGCAAUUACAGCUGUGUGUACUCAAAGACCAAAUACGACCCAAAACAUGUCUCUUCAACAGACAAGAACGUCACCGUCAUCACUUUAGUUGUUACAUCUAAGCCUAGGCCUACAUCAAUGUUGAAGGAAGCUGUGCAGGCAGCCAACUCAAGUCUCAACACAAGUCUCUUUCUGUUACUUCUUCUUCUACCACUAGGGUGUUUGAUAAUGGUGGUUUGGUACUACUGGUACAUUCUGAAGAUAUGGUUUUACCGAAGGUACACAAAGCGGACCAGAAUUUAUCGAGGCAAUCGUGCCUCCCGUAUAACCAGCCCAUCAAUUUCAGCGAGAACUCCACCUCCAAACUCUCCAAUAAGCAAUGAAGAAUGUGACAACGGAUUUGUAUACGCUAAUGUCAAAGUAGAGCAGGCGCCUGAAGAGUCUACCUAUGAAAACACGAGGAGCGACUGAGCCAUAUUCCAACCAAUCAACAUGUUUCCCCAGGAAGUGAGGGGGGUACUUUAAUUGGCUGUUCAGCUGAAAUGUCAACAACAUUUUGCAGAAUUGCAGACUGUAAACAGUGACUUUAAGGUGUGCAAGCUUUCCUGUCCUGUUUCAUGUCAAAAAGGUGACCAGUGCCUGGUCACCUUUUUGCAGAAUGUGAAAGUGAAAGGAACGUUGAAAGACGGCUAAAAUGACCAGAAUCAGCACUUACUGAGACCUUGAAAUUAUUUUUGCUCAUACUGUUUUCCUUUAUGAAAAAAUGUCUUUAUAUUUUGCCAGAGUUAAGCACUGUAAUGUUUUUUUUCUGAAUAGACCUUAUGCACGGAAGGCUCUUUAGCCAGCUCAUUUAUUUCCGGUGGAGCAUUAGCGGUGUUGUAAUGGUUGUAACUUUUGUUAUAUUAUGUUCCUUACAUGUUCACUACGGCACUGAAUAUCUUGUUUGCCAAAUAAUAAAAAAAUUAACACACACAUAAAUCUUUCUACAUCGUAACAUGCUGAUUCACUAGGUGCAACACCCAACCGUGUCCGUGUAGAUACUAAUUACAUUAACAAUAGUGGUGGCUACAACACACCUGGCUCCACUGGAAACAAAUAAGUUGCCUGAAGAGCCUUCUGUGCAUCCAGAUUUUGAUAGAUAGAUAGAUGGAUAAAUCGAUCGAUCACUCGAUAGAUAGAUAGAUUAAUAGAUAGAUAGAUAGAUGUCCCCAGAGGGAUACUCAUAUGGCAGAGUGGUUGUGGGUGUAAAACCAGGCAAAGAAACUGGAAAUGGAUCUAGGGGAAGUUGAUUUGUAAGCGAUAUAAACAGUGGUAUGCAAUAUAUGUUUUGGAUUAUAAUUCAAAAGUGCCAUUUGUCUGUGUCAAAUGAGUGAAAUCAAAUGGAUUUCAAAAAUCAAGAUGGAUUUUAGUUUAAUAGUUUAAGUUUGUAAACCAAAUGUUUAGGUCUAAAAUUAUUAACUGCUAGGCCUAUUGUAUUUUAAAGUUUUUUUAAAUAUAGGAUGAAGGUGUUUUCUCAAUCAGCUCUCAUGACAUUAAGAUGAUGAAAGUACUUUGAUGGCUUGUUUCAACACAUUAUAACACUGCAUUGUGUAAUAAUUUGACAAAAUGUGGUAACUCCCACAGUUAUAAUAAGUUGUCCCACAAUUGUAAUAAUCUGCCAUAUUUUGAAAUAAACUGCUUGAACGUGA